AUGAUGAAAAUUAUUCGAUUUUGUUUAAUUUAUUUAUUAAAUUUUGGUAUUCAUCUAACGAUUGUUAACUCUUCUGAUAAAGUUAAACUUUUUCAUGAUGAGAACUACAAAACUGUGUUAGAGAAAAUCAAACAUGAACAAUCACAUGCACGCUUUAUUAAAUCAUAUGAAGCUAAAGAAAAUGAUGACCAAAAACAGAUAUUUCUAAAUGAUACAUCAGGAUUUAUGUCAAGUCUAAUACCAUUAACAACAAGUUCCCGAACAACGAGCAUCACACAACCGACACUAAAUGCAACGUAUAUUAUUACUAGUAUUCAAAUAUUAGACUCUUAUUUGCCGUAUAAUCCUGAUAGUUGUGAUUCUGAAAAUUCGACUAGAUUACUAAAUGGCACCUGUGUAUCGAAAUUAUAUGGACAAAUAAUUGCAGCUAGUAUAUUAAAUAGCCCAUCGAACAAUGCGGUUAACACAGCCUAUGCGCUUUCAUUAUACAUGAGUUCAAUAACACAAACAAAUCAGACGGAUGUUGUGCCAAUAAAUGUUAUCGAUAAUAUCAUGGAUAAUCUGCAUGGUGUUAAUUUAACUUUAAAUUCAAAUUCAUCAUUUCUUAUAAUUCACACUCCUGAUUCGCAGAUUUUAGGUGCUUCGUUUAGUGAUGGUAUCGGUGGUCAAAUUGUAGAUAUAUCGAAUAAAGAAAAUCUAACACAUUCAAAUAUAUCAGCUGCAGCUAUCAUUAAUAAACAAUCAUUAAACAAUGCAGUAUCUCUUAAUAUGUUAAUUGUUUAUAAACCUACUGGAUAUGAAAUGAUCACAGAUAUGUCGACAAAUAAAACAAUUGCAUCAUGUGUAAUCAUCGCGAAUCUACAAACAAAAAAUAAUUCGAUCUCCGUGCCAACAGUUAUUUCAUUAUAUUUUAAACCUUUAGAUCGAUACAAAAAGAAUGGUACCGGAACAUAUUUAUGUUCAUUUUAUGAUGAAAUAAAUUCGAAAUGGAACGAAUCCGGUUGUACGGUACCAUUGCACAAUACAAAAUAUGAUCGAUAUGAAUGUAGUUGCAAUCAUUUAACUUCUUUUGCUCUUAUUUGGCUGCCGGAAUCGUUAUCAUCUGACAACAUUACAAAGAAGCUUGAUGCACAAGAUAUUUUUUCACUUAUAUUUCAAUGUAUAUCGAUUAUCUGUUUUACAGUAGUUAUUAUUCAUGCACUAAGUGUAAAAAUGGCAAACUCAUCAAUGAAUAUUCCAGCAAUUAAUUUACUUCCAUUAAUCUCAACAGCAAGUACAACGAUACUUUUCAUUUUUUUUAUUAUACUUUCUUCGACUGUAUAUACUCAAACAUCAUCGGCAAAUCAAACUCUAUGCUUUACAAGUUCAAGUGUAUUAAUGUUUAUUGUUUAUUUCUUAUUAAUGUUUAUGUUUUGUGUCAAAACAAGUGCUGGAUAUUUCUAUUAUUUACGUUUUGUUCGUCUUUUCCCAUUACCAUCAUAUCGGAAACUUUCAAUUAUGCUUAUAAUUUCAUUUGUUCUAUCAUUUGUUUGUGUUAUUUUAGCGAUUGGUUUUAAUUCAAAAUCAUCGUUUAAUGUUACGAAAUUAUAUCCAUAUAAACUCUGCUGGUUUACUCGAGAUGUUAUUUAUUAUUUUCUAAUCAUACCUCUUUGUAUAUUUCUUCUCAUUAAUAUAAUUACUAUAAUUCUUGUUGCGAACAGUAUUAUAAGGUAUGCACGAAAUGCACCAACAACUAAGCAAAUCAACGACCGAUUAAAAAAAUGUGUUGUUGUUCUAUUAUCGUCGUGUGUAACGCAAGGUAUUGGAUGGUUAGUAGGUCCACUUAUUUCAUUUCUAAGUCCUGCAGCUGGAAAUAUUUUAUCAUGGAUUUUUAUUAUAUUGAAUGGACUAGAAGGUGUUUGGUCAAUACUUCUCUAUAUCUUAAUUCGAUCGCAUCAAGUCGAUAAGGAACGAAGUAUUUCAGCAGCAAUAGAACUUUUAAAAUCAACUGGCAUUACAUCAACUAAAAAUAAAAAAUCGAGUCAAAGUAGAGAACGCACAGGAAAUCAAAUUAAUGUUACACAGAAAACUGCCGAACAAGAACAGCCCUACGUAAUUAAUGAUAUUCGCAAGCGAGAAUCGACGAAUUUUUCUUUUCUUGAUGACGAUUGCAAUAAAUAA